AUGGUGGGACAUCAUCUUCGUUGCAGACGCGGGCAAUCUUCUGCGAUCAGGCUUGGCAAAAGGGGCUUGCUUAUGCGUUGCAUCGCUUUGCAUAAGCUGCUGGAACUUGCAUUUUGGCACUGUCUCUCGAUCGUUUUUUCCUGCAGGACCUGCGGACACCCGGAGCUGGAGGCCAGUUCUGAAGCAUUUUGGCAAUCUGUGUCGAGUCCUGCAUGGGCUGCAUGGGCGGUUCCUGCUUGUUCCUCUGAUGCUCCGCUUGCAAGCUUCCUGCUCGAAGGAUCGAUUCUUAAGUCGCUGCAAGAAGCAAAGCUACAGAAAGUGGACCGUGUGUUUCCCAACUCCCAACAAUUGCCCGGGGAUCUCAUAAUAAGCCACGCCAUGGCAGUGUGCAACAAACUCCUCGCGUGGAAGGUGGAUGGGUCCAUUGGACUGCACUUUUCCUGUGAUGAGGGUUUGGUAUUCAAAGCCGGCUGGUAUCACCGCGACUGGUGUCCGACACUUGGGUCGAUCCAGGAGGAAGAGAUUGCUGGUGUGUCAUCUUUCGCCUGCUUUGAACUUCGCACCACGAAGCUUCACUUGGACACGCCCGUGUCAGUGAGGCAUGCCAGGUAUAUACACAAAAGGCAGAUGCUGCGGGACCAAGAUGUCGAUGUCAGCUGGAAGAAGAUUCGAAGGACCGACAUUGAAGUGCCGAUGUUCCGGGGCCACAUGGAUCUGCAAAUCCGAAGCUGA